AUGGAGGCAGAGAUUAUUGCAGCUAAUGAAGGUGCAAAAGAACUUGCAUGGAUGGAGAAACUUGUCACUGAUCUGAAGGAACGACCAGAAGUCGAGCCAUUCAUUCCUACUCUUUACUGUGAUAAUGAGAGUGGGGUGGGUUGGAUGAACGAAAAUAAGUUUCACAGCAAGGCAAAGCAUAUUCAAAUCAGAUGGCACUAUAUUCGUGAAGAUAUGGUCGAUACAAAGCAAAUGUAUAUGGUGUGGAUCCCAGGAACGGAACAAACGGCGGAUAUAUUCACAAAACAACUUACCUACCCGGCAUUUUGCAUCCACAGUUUGGGGUUAGGUUUGGAUUUUGAAGAGAAGUAA